ACAAUGCUGGUCGCAGUUUAAAUGUGAUGCGCACUGAGCGGCUGUUGUUUCCACCGUAACAACAGUUAAUGAGCGGAUUUCGUUAAAUUCUUUCAGCGACAGAGUUUUCAGUUCUUUUUAAAGUUAACUUAUGAUGAAUUUGAUGAAGUUGUAGAGUUUAUACAAACUAGUUCAGUCGUUAAUGAGCCGAGGGAGCGAAGUGGAAAGUUAAACUGGAGGAGUAAGCUAGCUGCUUCACUGCUGGUCAGACUUUUAUCUUUGUGACAACACGUUUAACGAUGAACAGGAGUGUGUAACAGUGUGUAACAGCGUCUCAGCUCCUCUGCGGUGUGUAGUUUACUGUGUGUUACAGCUGUAGUGCGGGUUGUUUACCAGCUGACAGUGUUGGACAUGUAGCUUCAGCUGAGCCCGGACAGCUAUGAACGCUGGAAAACAAGAGCUCAAAAUAAGGAGAGUGUCCUCAAGGAAGAGAUCGAGGGACAGCCUGCAGACUCACCUGACACCUGCCCGGGAGACAGGAGGAGGAAGCUGCUCACUGCAAUGUUCCAAGAGCAGGAGGCUGAGCAGCAUCAUGGCUCAGGUACAACCUGCCGAGUACUGCAGUGACAGUGAGGAUUUAUUUGGAGACUAUGACAGUAUCCUGGAGGACAGCUCUCUCCUGGCGAAGCUGGACAAUGCAGAACAAAAUGAAAGGCAGCGUGACCUCCAGAGUGGACUGUCGAAAGACAGCACCUGGAGACGCUCCUGCGAAGACAUUCUCACUGACUCCAUCAUAGACGGCCUCGGAGACGAGGACUUACCGGCCAGCCAGAUUCAGUUCGAAGAACAGGUCUGUGAUGUAAAGAGGAGCAGACUGCAGGACGGAGACAGAACCUCAACGCCUUUUAGAAAUACUGCCGGGACAGCUGAGGCUGGGAAAGACGGAAACAUGGAGGAUAAAACCAAGAGACAAAGCAAAGCGAGGAGGAGUGUGACGGAUCAGCUGAAGAGGACGAUGCUCUGUAACGCUGCAGCUCCUUCUAAUGUGUCUCGGACUGCUGUGUUAAAAGAAGCCGUGGUUUCUGAGGAGAUCAGCGUCGCCAUGCAGGCCAUGGAAACCGUAUCUGCUGAGACGACGGACCUGGGGCCGUUCUUUGGACUCCCCACCAAAGUAAAAGACCUGAUGCACAAACUGAGAAGAAUCAAGAGUUUAUAUGAUUGGCAGGAGACGUGUCUGAACCUGGACUGUGUUCAGCAGAGGAAGAAUCUGAUCUACUCUCUUCCCACCAGCGGAGGGAAAACUCUUGUUGCAGAGAUCCUCAUCCUCAGAGAGCUGCUGUGCAGGAAGAAAGACUGUCUGUUCAUCUUACCCUACAUAUCACUGGUGCAGGAGAAGGUGCGUGGGUUAGCAAGCUUUGGCCUGGAGCUGGACUUCAUGGUGGAGGAGUACGCCGGCAGUAAGGGCAAGUUUCCUCCGGUGAAGAGGAGACACCAGAGGUCGCUUUACAUCGCCACGAUAGAGAAAGCCCACAGCCUCGUGAACUCCCUGAUAGAAACCAGCAGGCUGGAUGACCUCGGGCUGGUGGUGGUUGAUGAGCUUCACAUGCUGGGGGAUGGCAGUAGAGGGGCAGUUAUUGAGAUGACACUGGCUAAAGUUCUGUACAUGAGCAAGAAGACUCAGAUCAUUGGAAUGAGCGCCACUCUGGGAAACAUCGAGGACCUGCAGACAUUUCUACAGGCGGAAAAUUACACCAACGACUUCAGACCUGUCCAGCUGAAGGAAUAUGUUAAACUGAACGACACCAUCUAUGAAGUGGACCCAAAGGAAGAGGACUGUUUUAAGUUCUCACGUCUUCUCAACUUUAAGUACUCCAGUGCCAUGCAGAAGAUGGACCCGGAUCAUGUGAUUGCUCUGGUGACUGAAGUUAUUCCAACACAUUCGUGCCUGGUCUUCUGUCCCACCAAGAAGAACUGUGAGAACGUCGCAGGGAUGAUCUGCAAAUAUCUGAAAGAGGAGUUUCUCCGGCACAGGGAAGCAGAGAAGGCCGUCCUCCUCAGAGAGCUGAGGGACAGCGGGAACGGCUCGGUGUGUCCGGUGCUCAGGAGGACUGUGCCCUAUGGUUUGGCCUAUCACCACAGCGGGCUGACCACUGAGGAGAGGAAGCUGGUGGAGGAGGCCUACUCCACCGGGGUCCUCUGUCUCCUCGCCUGUACGUCCACCUUGGCUGCAGGGAUCAACCUACCUGCCCGCAGAGUGAUUCUGCGAUCACCGUACGUGGCCACGGACUUCCUGAAGAGAAGUCAGUACAAACAGAUGGUGGGCCGUGCCGGCCGAGCGGGGAUCGACACUGUGGGAGAGAGCAUCCUCAUCCUGCAGGACAGGGACAGGGACAUGGCUAAAUCACUCGUGUGUGCCCCGAUGGAGAACUGCUACAGCAACCUGAUGCAUGACGAUGGAAAAGGCGUCCUGAGUCUCAUCCUGUCUCUGAUCGGACUGCAGAUCACCACCUCAUUGGAGCAGGUGAGAGAGUUCCUGCGAGGGACACUGCUGCAUGUUCAGCAGAAGCAGCUGUGUGUGGAGAGGAGUGUGAGGGAGGUGGUGCAGCAGUGUGUCCACCUCCUGCAGGAGAAAGGUCUCAUCACUGUGGCCUCAGACUCUCACAGCCAAACUCUGCAGGUCACCAAGCUGGGAAGAGCUUCUUUUAAAGGCUCAGUGGAUCUGACCUACAGCGAGGUCCUGUACAGAGACCUGUCCCAGGGUCUGGACGGUCUGCUGCUCAACAGCUGCCUGCACCUGGUCUACCUGGUCACACCGUACGACGUGGUCUCACAGUGCAAACCCGACUGGAUGGUUUACCUCAGACAGUUCACCCUGCUGUCGGCCGCGGAGCAGAGGAUGUCUGCAGCCGUCGGAGUUCCUGAGAGUUUUGUUGCCAGGAAAGCUGCAGGACAGACGGUGAAGAACAGCGGGAACAUGGCGGUGGUGAGGCGCAUGUACCUGGCUCUGGUCCUGUUUGCUUUACUGAAGGAAACCAACGUGUGGAACGUGGCCGAGCGGUUUCAGCUGAGCCGAGGCUUCGUUCAGACCCUGCUCAGCUCCUCCUCGGCUUUCUGCUCCUGUGUGCUGCACUUCACAGAGGAGCUGGAGGAGUUGUGGCCUUUCAGAGCUUUGCUGACGGAGCUGACACGAAGGCUGAGUUACUGUGUGAAGGCUGAGCUCAUCCCUCUGAUGGAGGUGGCUGGAGUCAUGGAGUCCAGAGCGAAGCAGCUGUACAACGCCGGCUACAAGACGCUGGCUCACCUGGCCAACGCCGACCCAGCUGUUCUGUCCAAGACGGUCGGAAACCUGUACAAGAAACAGGCCCAUCAGAUCGUGGCCUCGGCCAGAAUGAUGUCUCUCUCUGUUCCAGAUGCUUCUGAAUGAAAAGGCUGCGGCUCUGCAGGAGGAGGUGGACGACCUGCUGAAGAUGCCGUUGGACCUGCCCUCAGCGUGACGCCAGCAGCAGCUGCUCUGAGUCCAUGACUCUGUCAGCUGCUGCUUUUUAUUGCUUCAUUGGUUUGAAAUAACACGUUGAAUUAAAAUAAUGAACAAGACUCAA